UUAUUGCGUGUGGAGCCACUAGGGGGCGGUGAAUCCACCUCGGUGCAGUUCAACUUCUGGCCAACAGGAUCAGGGUGACGGAGACACACAGAGACCGCGGCGGUGGACUGGUUGUUAUAGGAGACACCGCCAGGUGGACUGGUUAUUGUGUGGUGUGUGUGGUGUGCUCUCGUUCUCCCAAAUUGCCCCCCUCCCCCCAAGCAUCCCUCCUCCAUCUACGCAGGCGUGCAUCCUCUCCUCCUCCUCUCCAUCACUCCCCGACAUCAUCCCAUGCAGACGGUCGUGUUCAUCCACCGUCAGCCCGUUUCGCCGACACCACGACCACUCCCACCCCACAAUAGCAGCCCGUUCCCCGGGUAGAGCCACCAGCUAUACCCGAUCUGACAACCGGACCUCCGUCGAUUUAGGAUUAUUAUUAUUUAUUUAUUUUUGCAAUGUAAAGAUGGCCAGGGUCGUCCCCAACCUGGUGUCGUUCCUCAGCAGCCUGCCGCUCCGGGUGCGGGCGCUGGGCUACUGGUCCCUGGUCUACGGCGCCUCCCUGCUGUGCGCCGCCGCCGCCCUGCUGCGCCUCUGGUGGAGCGUCCUGCUCAGACCCAGCGGCACCUUCCAGUGGGGCGUCCGGGGCGACCCCCCGCCGGCCUGCCUCAACGACACGUCGCUCGGGACCCACUGCUACGUCCGGAUAAAGGAGUCCGGUCUGAGGUUCCACUAUGUGGCGGCUGGUGAACGGGGGAAACCCCUCAUGCUGUUCCUCCACGGCUUCCCAGAGUUCUGGUUCUCGUGGCGGUACCAGCUGCGGGAGUUUAAGAGCGAGUUCCGCGUGGUGGCGGUGGACAUGCGGGGCUACGGGGAGUCGGAUGUCCCACUCUCGGUGGAGAGCUACCGCUUCGAGCACCUGGUGACCGACGUCCGCGACAUCGUGGAGUACCUCGGGUACAACCGCUGCUGUCUGGUGGGCCACGACUGGGGCGGCACGGUGGCCUGGCUGUUCUCCAUCCACUACCCCGAGAUGGUGACCAAGCUCAUCGUGCUCAACUCCCCGCACCCCUCCGUCUACGCAGACUACGCCCUGCGUCACCCCAGCCAGCUCCUCAAGUGCAGCUCCUUCUUCUUCUACCAGCUGCCCCGCCUGCCGGAGCUCAUGCUGUCAAUUAACGACUUCAAGGCCCUCAAGGCCCUGUUCACCAGCCGGAGCACGGGCAUCGGGAGGAAGGGCCGCUGGCUGAGCUCCGAGGACAUGGAGGCCUACCUGUACGCCCUGUCCCAGCCCGGGGCCCUCACCGGGGCCCUCAACUACUACAGGAACGUCUUCAGCUCGCUGCCCCUGACCCAGCAGUGCGUGCGCUCCCCGGUGCUGCUGCUGUGGGGGGAGUGCGACGCCUUCCUGGAGCAGGGCAUGGCGGAGGCCUGCCGCCUCUACAUCCGCAACCACUUCCGUCUGAACAUCAUCUCGGGAGCGGGCCACUGGCUGCAGCAGGACCAGCCCGACAUCGUCAACACACUGAUGUGGACCUUCAUCAAGGAGGGCGAGGGCCGCAAGAGCCACCGGCACUGACGCACACACACACUCAGACACACACACAUGGGCAGACACGCACGUACUCACACACGCACACGCACAGGGACGCACUGCCGCACACACACACACACACUCAAACACAUACACACACACACAAACUCAGACACACGCACACGUGCAGACACGCACGUACUCAAAGAGGACGCACUGACGCACACACGCACUCAAACACAUGCACACACACUCACUCAAACAUAUACACACUCACACACAAACGCACAACAGACAAAUACACACAUGCAACACACACAGGCACACACACACACACACACACACACACACACACACACACACGUACAUGCAAACACAAACGCACACACUUCCACACACACUUAAACACACACACUUCCACACACACUUAAACACACACACUUCCACACACACUUAAACACACAGACACGUGCGCAGCGACCACCUCCUCACCUGGACAUCAGCCUACGUUUAGACAAUGCGAUAAUUCUCUUAGAUUUUGGCACAUUUUGCGUAUUUUUAAAGAUGUCAGCCGAACAGCGGAGAGAACAAAAGCACAGGAGAGGAGAGCAGCACCACGCCGUAUUUUUGACAUACGUAAUUAAAACGUUUUUUGCACAUUUUGACAUUCGCCUUAAGGUGUGUUGUUGACUAACAUGCGUGGCAAAGUCUUUUCCGUGGGUCGUGUUGUGAGGUGCCUUUUGAUCUUUGACGUAAUGUUUGCCGAUGUAACGCCGUUUGCUCUACCGUACGUAUCAAUGUCCUGGCUGGUCCCGACUGGUCCUGGCUGGUUCGAGCUGGUCCUGGCUGGUCCUGGCUGGCCCUGGUUGGUUCUGGCUGCUUUUGGCUGAUUCUGGCUGGUCCUGUCUAGUCCUGGCUGGUUCUGGCUGAUUCUGGCUGGUCCUGGCUAGUCCUGGCUGAUCUUUGCUGGUUUUGGCUGGUCCUGGCUAGUCCUGGCUGAUCUUUGCUGGUUUUGGCUGGUCCUGGCUAGUCCUGGCUGGUUCUGGCUGGUUCUGGCUGAUCUUUGCUGGUUCUGGCUGGUUCUGGCUGAAUUUGUCAAUGAAUUUUCGAUGGGUUAUCGAUGAGUUAUUAAUGAGUUCUUUAUCGAUAAGUUAUCAAUGAGCUAUCGAUAAGUUAUCGAUGAAUUAUCAAUGAGUUAUUAACAAGUUAUUAAAAUUAACAAAUUAUUAAUGAGUUAUAAAAUAGUUCUUUAUCGAUGAGUUACUAAUGAGUAAGCGAUAAGUUAUCAAUGAGUUCUUUAUCGAUGAAUUAUCGAUGACUUAUCAGUGAGUUAUCGAUCAGUUCUCUAUCGAUGAGCUCCUUCUAUCAGGUAGUGUCUUGAAAUAAAUUUUCUUUUUUGUAUUGAUCUAUUUUUUUGGACAAAACAAGCUCAAACAUAGAGAAUGUGGUCGGCUUUGAGCUACCUGUACCAGAACAAACGCGAGAACGGCAUCAACGGUUGAAUAUUGUAAAAUUGUUUUUGUAUCUCUUCCUAGACCACUGCAUUUUGAAGUUUCACUGAGCCAGAUCUACUUCAUCAAUUUUAUAAAUAAAUUAAAUCAAUGUGAA